CGAGGCGCCAGACAGUCGGGCCAAGCGACAAGUUUCUUACCUUCAGGUGGGAAAUACACGAGCAGUAUUAAUAGGAACAAUAGAUAAAGCGAUUGUGUGGAGACACCUGCGUUCAGGGAUUCAAAGGUAAAUGGAUUUGUUUACAAACAAUCGAGAUUUUUCGCGGGACAAAACAAAAUGGCGUGUACAGCAGAAGAAGAGGCAUAUCUUAAACAGAAGGCAGAGGAUGGUUUUAGAGUUUCUACGUCCCCCAUCCAGAAGCUUCGAUACGCCUGUCUAAUGCGUGGUGCUAACGGAAUCAAAGGUUUGGGCAGAAGUUUUCGUAUCAUGGAUGACGAUGGAAGCAAAACGUUGGAUUUUCGUGAAUUCCGAGACGGUCUUUAUGACUUUGGGCUUCGAGAACUGGACGACCAGACAAUAGCAGAGAUCUUCCAGGAGCUGGACAAAGAUGGAAGCGGGAAACUGAGUUAUGACGAGUUCUUGGUGGCUAUUAGGGGUCCAAUUAACAAAACCCGUCAGGAGUAUGUGGUGAAAGCGUUCAAGAAGUUGGAUGCAACAAGGGACGGUCAGAUAACGGUCGAGGACAUCCGAAGAUUAUACGAUGCAAGCCAACAUCCGAAAUUCCAAAGUGGCGAAUGGACAGAGGACCAGUGUUUUCGACGCUUUCUGGAUUCUUUCGAUACACCCGGAAAUCCUGACGGAGUGGUAACAAAGGAUGAAUUCAUGAACUACUAUUCCGGUGUUAGUGCCUCGAUUGAUGAUGAUGGUUACUUCUGCACGAUGAUGAAGCGCGCGUGGCGGAUGUAGCUUGUAGACUGACAAUCCGCUAGUUAGGCUCGCAAUCUCUGUCAACUGUUUCUCAUUCAUAGCUGCCUCCUUGUUUUCUCCAACAUAUCACUAACCUAUAUUGCAUUGCUGUCACCGAACAGUUUCAUUGUUAUUAUACACACAUGUAAUCAAGCAUUUCUCUGUAUGUAUUACCUUGACUAUGUACCUUGUAUGGAGAGGGCUUAUAUUGGCAAUUCAUGUUGUCCAAUCCAUUUAUGUUUUCUACAUAAUAAAAUAUUGUUUAAAUUAAA